AAGUGCGGAAGCGGACGAUGAACAAUAAAUUAAGUAUAUUCUGCGGACUGGGAGUGCUCCUCAUCUCCAUAGCGAGAGGAAAUGGCCAGCCACAGUCCAACGAGACGGUGGUGACAUCCACCAGCAGCACUGAAACAGCACCAGUAGUGCCUCAGAAACUACUGGUGGCCAUCCACUAUGAGGCCCUGUGUCCGGAUAGCGUGUACUUCAUCCGUCGACGGCUCCACGAUGCUCUGCUGGACAACGAUUGGUGGCGAUAUACUGAGCUGAAGCUGUACCCCUUCGGUAAAGCGGGAUUCUACAACAACACUGCCACUAAGGAGAUGCAGGUAUUUUGCCAGCACGGAUGGGAGGAGUGCGAACUGAAUGCGCUGCAUGCCUGCAUACUGGAGACACUAGAGAUUCAAGAGGCCUUCAAGCUGAUCUACUGUAUGCUGCGGGCCUAUAGCAACCAGCUGGACAAGUGCUCCAAUCACCUGGGUCUCGACGUGAGUGCGGCGCGGAAAUGCAAGCAAUCGCGCAAGACCCCAGAGAUCCUGGCUCCCUACGGCAAGGAGACUCUGAAGCUGGGCCUGUCCUUUGUCCCCACCAUUGUGUUUGAGAAUGUAUUCGAGCCAUACGAGCAGAGCAGCAUUCGCUACAACUUUGAGGGUCAUUUCUGCAGUCAAUACGAGAGAAAGUUCAACAUCAGGCUGCCCACCUGCGUCUAGCCAGAUCCUAUUUAACUAUGAUGAGCAUGCAAAUGUUUUAUUAUGUGGUAAAACCAAUAAAUUAUAAUUACACCCGA